UGUCAUAUCAUGUUUAUUCUGGAAAGUGUUGUACAGUAAUUAUAAGUCUAUUUGAACUUGGUGCAUUAUAGACAAAUGUUUAUACCAGUGCAGGGGUAAAAUAGAUGCUACUUAUUUUAUUAUCAAAAGGAUUAACUAAUGACCCAGUGGGAAUAAUCAAAUAGUAAAUUCAACAUUUUUUACCGGUUGAAAGUAUUGCAGCACCUGAUAAACACGUGGAGUCUUGAGUAUGUGCCCAUCUUACAAUGACACAACUUUGGUCAACAGAUAGAAAGUAUGUUUUAUUUGUGGAAUAAUACUAGCUUGAUCCCGAUUUGUUGGAAACGCCAGAUUGUCACUUUAAUUAAAAUGGUUUCUAACACUGUGGCUGGAUAUAAAGGUCCAGGAAAGCCGAAACGAAAUGAAAGUGACACCAGUACAGUUAAAGAUCGGGAUUACAAGGUAUUCAAUGAUCCUAUUCACGGCCAUAUUGAAAUCCAUCCCCUUUGUAUGAAAAUUAUUGAUACACCAGAAUUUCAACGUCUACGUUAUUUAAAACAACUAGGUGCUUGUUAUUAUGUCUACCCAGGUGGGUCUCAUAAUAGAUUUGAGCAUUCCGUAGGUGUUUGUCAUCUUGCUGGUGAGAUGAUCUCACAACUUCAAAAACAGCAACCAGAGCUCGAAAUAACUCCUGUUGAGGUUCUAUGUGUGAAAAUAGCUGGUCUGUGUCAUGAUCUAGGUCAUGGUCCAUUCUCACAUUUAUUCCACGAUAAAUUUAUACCGUUAGUUGCACCCAAAUCUAAUUUUACGCAUGAAGAGGCCUCGAUUCAAAUGUUUGACCAUUUGAUAAAAGUAAACAACCUAGAGGAAGAUUUUAAAGAAUAUAAUUUGAAGCGGGCUGAAAUAGAAUUUAUUAAAGAACAAAUUGCUGGACCGUCCGAUAAAGAUGACAAAGAUAAAGCUUAUAAAUUUCGACCCAACAAGAAAUAUCUGUAUGAAAUUGUAGCUAAUAAACGAAAUUCAGUGGACGUAGAUAAAUUUGAUUAUUUUGCCCGUGACGCUUACAUGCUGGGUUUCAAGAACAAUUUUGAUCACAAUCGUUUCUUGCGAUUCUUUCGUGUCAUCAAAGAUGAAAAUGGUGACCAGCGGAUCUGCAUCCGUGAUAAAGAGGCAGACCACUUGUAUGAAAUGUUUCAUGCCCGUAAAUCUCUACAUAGUCGAGCGUAUAAGCAUGCUGUUACACAGGCUGUAGAGAAUAUGAUUGUUGAUGCUUUGAUAAUAGCUGAUAAAUGUGAAACAUUCACAUUUCUCGGUAAAAAUAACAAACCUCGACAUCUACGUGAAUGUAUAGGCGAUAUGGUGGCGUAUAAGAAACUGGAUGAUACAAUCUUUCAGCGAAUAAUGUGGUCGACAGAACCAGAGUUACAAGGUGCCAGAGAUCUGAUUGAUAGAAUCCAGAAACGUCAGUUGUACAAAUGUGUUGGCUCAACGCAUUUGAAUGAGGAAGGCGGGAUGAAAGUGUUAGAGCAGAAGAAAGUCAUAGAACAAAUCGCUAAAUUAGAUGAUGAAUUAAAACCUGAAUUUCUCACAUUAUCGCGUGUUCAUUAUGACUAUUGUAUGCAAAAUGAAGACCCAGUUAAACAUACCCGAUUUUACUUGAAAGACAGCCCUAAUGAAUGUAUAGAACUCUGUUCAGAACAGGGCCCUCACAUGCUUCCAAAGCAUUUUCAAGUAAACAUGAUGCGUAUCUUCUGCAAGAAAGAUAAUCCAAAAAUCAUUAAGGCUGCCAAAACAGCUUUUGAAAAAUGGUGUGUUGAUAAUGGAUUGAAGUCUGAGACCGUCAGAGGAGGUUUUAUAUUCAGGAAAUCUCAAUAAGAAACACCGAAAAGAAUAAAGAAAACAGAUUUAAGGCAAGGGAAGAUAUGGACUUGCCACAUUUUUGCGUUUUUUUAAUCAUAUCUUGUAUUUCUCUAUAGGUUCUUUUACAGUUUUAGUAUCUAUUUAUUGUAUCACAGUUUUAGUAUAUAUUGAUUGUUUCACAGUUUUAGUAUAUAUUUAUUGUAUCACAGUUGUAAUAUCUAUUUAUUGUAUCACAGUUUUAGUAUAUAUUUAUUGUAUCACAGUUGUAAUAUCUAUUUAUUGUAUCACAGUUUUAGUAUAUAUUUAUUGUAUUACAAAUUAUCACAUAACGUAUGGACAUAAGGCACCUGUCACAGAUUUUGUCAGGCACACAAUUAUUGCCACGUCUAUAUUAUAAUAAACGUUAUGUUAUAAUUUAUAUUGGACAAAGACUGUGAUACGUGUCUUAUGUCCAGGCUUGGUUAUAGUGUAAAUAUUGUGUUUUACGGUUCAAUUCUUUGAAAUACUAAAUUUUGGGCAAAUAAUCAGUCAAAAAUUACAAAUAUGAAAAAAUGAGAGUCUUCCAUUUUUGGGACUGGGGGUCUCCAUUUUGGAAUUUUAGAUGGAGUUAUUGUCCCUAUCUCGUUAACUUUGUAACAUUUUCAUCACUCAACAGGUUAAUUAUAGUUGUGAUAUGUUAUUAUUAUUAUUUAUUGGGUUAGUUUUAAAGGUUAACCUGAUUGAAAUCUCCAGACGGCCACAUUUUUACUUUUAUACGUUGUUAUUGUCCCAGACUCCGAUAACUUGAAAGUCAUCCUUUAAAAUGCUGUUUGAGUGGUGUAUAUUCGUUGUUCAGAAUAGGUGCCUUAAUUUAUUUACAUGUGAAAUAUAUUAUUAUUUAAAUUAUUA